CUCAUGCUCUCCCUCAUCGAGGUCACUCGGAGCAAGCUAGCUUUCUCGCCUUCACUCGGGCAUUUCUUAAACCCAACCACAAGUGGGCCUCAUUGAGCCCACCCUUUCUAGACAAACGUCAUUACUUAACGGGCCUGCAAGACCAACCGGGAGAAAACAGAAAGAAAAAUCAACAGGUUGCAUGAAGAAACGUAGGUAGCUCCUCUCUGCUCUCAUCAUCGCAAGCAAAAAAAAUGCAAGGAGGAUCAACAGGCAUUGGCUACGGCCUCAAGUAUCAGGCAAGGUGCAUAUCAGAUGUGAAGGCAGACACGGAUCACACCAGCUUCAUCACUGGAACUCUCAGUCUCAGAGAAGAAAACGAGGUGCACUUGCUUAGGUUAUCUGCAGGCGGAACUGAAUUGAUAUGCGAAGGAUUGUUUUCGCACCCUGAAGAGAUCUGGAAUCUCUCUUCUUGUCCUUUUGAUCAGCGUGUUUUCUCCACUGUUUUCUCCUCUGGUGAGUCAUUUGGAGCAGCAGUGUGGCAGAUUCCUGAGUUAUAUGGGCAGUUAAAUUCUCCGCAAUUGGAAAGGAUUGCGUCUCUUGAUGGACAUGUUGGAAAGCUUAAUUGUGUCCUGUGGUGGCCAUCGGGAAGGAAUGAUAAGUUGAUAAGCAUUGAUCAGGAAAAUAUCUUCUUGUGGAGUUUAGACUGUUCAAGACAAGCAGCCCAGGUAGAGGUGCAAUCGAAAGAGUCGGCUGGUAUGCUGCAUUACUUAUCUGGUGGAGCCUGGGAUCCACAUGACGUGAAUGCUGUUGCAGCAACUUGUGAAUCCUCAGUCCAGUUUUGGGAUCUACGGGCGAUGAAGAAAACAAAUUCAAUUGAGCGCGGCCAUGUUCGCAAUGUAGACUAUGACACCAGGAAGAAACAUAUACUUGUUACCGCAGAGGAUGAAUCUGGGAUACACAUUUGGGAUCUUAGAAUGCCCAAGGUUCCUAUAAAAGAGCUUCGUGGACAUUCACACUGGGCAUGGGCUGUCGCAUGUAACCCUGAAUAUGAUGGACUGAUCCUGAGUGGUGGUACAGACUCGACUGUCAAUUUGUGGUACGCUUCUACGACAACCAGUGAUGAGUUGACAUCUGAAAGUGUGUUUAAAUCACCGACUCAGGAACUUGAUCCAUUGCUGAACUCAUUCAGUGACUAUGACGACAGUGUAUAUGGGCUUGCUUGGAGUUCUGAGGAACCUUGGAUUUUUGCAUCUUUAUCCUAUGAUGGGAGGGUUGUGGUAGAAUCAAUAAAGGCUUAUCUCCCCAAAAAAUGAAUUCAUCGCACAUAUGCCCUUUGUUAAACCAUCUUCUGGCAGUUUCCACCAACACUAAAUGUCAGGUAGGACUCCAUUGAAAAAACAAUUCUGCAAUGAAUUCUUAUCAUGUCAAUGCAAGUUUCAUUGUACUCUUAGAUGCUGAAGAGCUUUUUUCGUUACAUUUGACGCUAUAUUGACACCAAGCUUGUCCCGUGUAUAUUGUAUACUAACUCUGCAAAAUGCCCAAAUUCUUUUUUAUCAGGGGAAUCCAUGAGAACAUGAUUUGUUAA